UGCAUUUCGUGGUGUGACUUUUUUAUGGCGAUUCACUGAAGGCUAACGUCUGCAAAAUGUUGAGGACUACUAGCACUUGUCACUUGGAAAAGAUAAACUGAAGAAGUCAAAUUCAAGAAAUGAUGAAUCAUUUCUGGGAAUGGUGAUGGAGUACUUCGUGAUACGCAGCUGCUUCAGUCACAUAACAGUACCCGGAUCUCAGAGUAGGGGAAAGGAACCUACUCCAGGAGGUUCUGAUUUCAGAGGUGUGUUUGAUGAUAUCAUAAGCAACUGCUGCCAUACCUUGUUCAAGACACAGCACCAAGAUGGAGUAACAGAACUAUACAGUGGUUUUUGUGCUGCUUCAGUGCUCCACUUUCACAGAAAUGAACUCAAAAGAGAAAUGCAAAGGAUCCAUAUCUUCCCAGAAACUUACUGUACCUUAUUGCCGCUGGGGCUCAACUCAGACUCCUCUAAGUGCAGCCUCUGUUCUGGAAAAUAAUGGCAACCCUUAUAAUAACAAAACUUUUGGAAUGGCAAGAUCAAACAUUUUUCAGCAAGAUUCUUGGUUAGAAGAAAGGUUCUAUAAGUUACCUGAAACACCAUGUUAUGGAAUAUCCAACAAUAUGUUUUCUCAGAAGGCUGCCAAAACUUACAAGGCUUAUGUCUACCUAUCUCCAUGUUACACUGUGGAGCAAGAACAAGAAGAGAAAAUAAGUGUUGCUGAGUUGUUGUCUGGGAUUGACUCGCUGUGUAGAGCUCAGAAGAAUGUGGAAAAAAAGGAGAAAUUUUCCUAUUUCAGAUCCCUGGAUUUACCUAGUUCUCCUGGCCCAAGUGAUACUCCUGGGCUUCAGAUCACGCACAAAGGUAAAGCAUACUGGGACUGGAGAGGCGUGGUUGCACCAAUUCCCGUGAAGGAGGAUGAUCAGACGAGUCAAAAACAUGUGAGACUGAAGAAGGUAGACUUCCAAACCAACAAAAAGAAAUGUGCUGCAUUGGGUGGUAAACUAGAAAGGAAAAAAUUGAGUGAUAAAUGCCUUUCCCUUCAAACGCAGAAGAAGCUAAAGAAGAAUGUAACUCACUCAGAAGUCUUUGAAGCUGUUUGUGAUAGUAAAAAGCAUCCUAGGAAUAGAGAAGAACUUAAAGCAGUCAUUUGCAUUCAAAGAUAUGUGAGAGGGUGGCUUGUACGUAGGGCAUACAAGAGAGUAAAGAUUAAGUCAGCAAGUCAUGGGUCAUCCUUACUAGCAGCUGUAAAGUGCUACCGUAGCAUGAUGGCACGCAUUAAAAGUCGAGCUGGUGUUUUGGAUCUGUCUACACCACUUCAUUAUUUUGAAUUAGAGGAGUGGAUGGACAAGAAAAAAUUUUAUGAAGCAAUGUUUUCCAAGAGAGAGUUUGGCCAAAAAAUGGACAGAGAUAAUCUACCUGAGUUUUUUAGAGACUGUGGAUAUUUUAUACCUGCCAGUGGAGUACAGCGGAUCCUUCAGCUGGUCUUUCCAGGCAAGUAG